AUGAAGAAUAUGAGUUCCUUUGUUGGAAAAUCAAAUUUGGUAUCUGUAGAAGCAAUGGGUUCAGCAAUUGCGGGCAUGAGUGGCAAGAGAGCUAGCCCUUCUGUGACUCGAUCCAUAUCGUCGAAACCCUCAAGAACGUGGCAUCCGAGUCAUGGCAUUGUCUUCAAAGAUGCUUCUGCGCCGGUGUCACCAAGAUUGUUAAGUACGACUGCUGUGGCGGACCAUGAACAGAACCUGGAACAACAUUCACACGUCGAAGAUGGUUAUGUUCUGGCAAACUCACACGUUGACGACUUGAAAACUCAGAAAGUGGCGACAGUGGCCCCGGAAGAGACAUUGAAGUCCGAUGUGGCAGUAGACUCUGUUGAGGAAGCAGCUGCUCGAGAGAUGGCCCGCGAGCUUCAGGAAAUUGAGGAACGGAAGGAUCUUCCGAUAUCCGAUUCGACUUAUAAAAUGACCGAGGAAUUGUUCAGAAAGGCGAAAGAAGCUGAACCAGAAACUCCGGCGUCAUAUUGGUCGCAUACUUUAUAUCGUGGACCAAAUGAAAACGGCAUCCCAAAGAAAGUUAAAGUACACUACUGCCGAACUCUGCAAACCACGGAGCGAACAUUGCAGCAGUAUUUCUUAGGCAAAAAGGUUCUCGGGUUCGAUAUAGAAUGGAAGUCGGACGCACGCCCGACUGCUGGAGCCAAACACAAUGUUUCUUUGGUUCAGAUGGCAACAGAAGAGCGAGUUGGUCUCUUUCACCUUGCAUUGUUUCCCACGUGGUAUGAACCAGAACUCGUGGCUCCAACUAUGAAAAAAAUCAUGGAAGAUCCAGAAGUCACUAAAUUAGGUGUGGCAAUCAGCGCAGAUUGCACACGUCUUAGAAAAUAUCUCGGUAUUAAUUCAGUUUCCAUAUUCGAACUUAGCCAUCUUCACCGAUUAGUCAAGUACACCCUUUCCCAGGAGCACGAUUUGAUCAACAAGAGAUUGGUUUCACUCGCAAAGCAAACAGAGGAGCAUUUGCAUUUACCACUGUUCAAAGGAGGGGAUGUUAGAGCUAGUGAUUGGUCUCGAGAGUUAUCAAUUCAACAGAUUGCAUAUGCAGCUUCAGAUUCUUAUGCCGGUUACCACAUCUACGAUAUACUAGAGACCAAGCGACAAGCUUUAAAUCCAGUGCCUCCACGACCCUACCAUGCCGAUAAAAACCAACCCAUCCUCACAGCAACUCCAACAAAGAAAAUCUAUACUCGACGCAAGCCUAUCCAAGAUUCUCUUCCGCUCGACCCAGAAUCCUCCCUCCAAAAUGAACCUAUUCUUGAAACCGCAGCUGAAAUAGAAGAAGUUCCCAUCUCCGUCAACCCCGAUGUCCCCCCUAAAGGUUCCGAACCCCCUUCUGGAACCCCGCCCGGAUUAGAAAACGAAGAAAAAAUUCCCACCAAUCUCGAGAAAGCCAACAUCGAUCUAGUAGCCGAUAUAUUUGUCACCUUUCAUUGCGAGGCCAAUCCACUAUCAAAAAUCCCAAAACAAAAACUCAAAGCCUAUUUCGUAUGGUACCACAAUCCCCACUUAGCUAUCCCACAGAUUACCGAAAUGCUCCCUGAUAAAAAAUUGGUAAUCACGACGGUGAAAUAUAUAUUGGAUGUGAUUUCUGAAGAUGCUAGCCAAUUUCCAUUUGAUAAUGACAGGUUAAGGGAGCUUUUGGAACAGUUGCCGAAAGGUGUAGCGUGGACAAAGUAUAGGAGACUGGUGGAGGCGGUCGACGGAUCAGUUACUUGGUAG